UUUCAAUGAAUUGCUUCCAUACCAUUGAUCAAAACCUGAUUCUUCAACAACAAUUGAUCCUCCAUCAGAUGUUAAUUUAUAAUCAGAUGCUCAAGUAUUCAAAAUUGUCAUCCAUUAGGGCCUCAUUCAUCCAAAAAAUACCUCCUCCCAAUAUCCUCACCCCAAAACAAGAAGAAAUAGACAUCUCCAACUCCCAAUAAUUCAAACACGAUGAAACUCAUGAGAUUCCACCACAAAAAGAAUUAAAUAUAAAAAUUAGAUCACACAAAAUCUCAAAGAAAACAGAAAGGAAAAAACCUUAGAAAUAACACCCUGACAAUAAACAAUCAGGUGAACUUCCAAAAAAGAAGAAGGUAUUUCUUUCAAUGCUGGAUAUUAAAGAAGCACAAUAUAAAAAGUAAAUAUCUAUUCAUAUAUGUUAGAGUCAAAGCUUAAAACAAUGAAGAUAAUCACAAAAGUGUCGCUGCCGUUGCUGGAACUCAAAUAUGAC